AUGUCUGAUGCUAUUUAUGACGAUGUGAUCAGAACUGAGUCUGAGAGAGUGGAGAUGAUGGUGGCUAUCUAUGAGAGGGCAGAUUGUGUGAGAGAUCAUGACUUCAGGACAGAGACAAACACACACCAACCACUACAGCGUACAGGAAGUGAUUCAGUGAAGAGCAGAAGCUCCAGAGCAGCUGCAGUGUGUUUGGUUAUGCUGUGUGUUCUUCUGCUAACUGCAGUCAUAGUGCUGUGUGUCCACAUCUAUACAAACAACACAAACUGCACACAAGAGAGAGAUCAGCUACUAACCAAGAUUAACAACCUCACAGAAGAGAGAAACCAGAUGUUGACCAACAUUACCAACCUUACCGAUGAGAGAGACCAGCUAACUAACAACAGCAACCAUAUUCAAUUAAACAAACAGUUAAAUCAAGUGACAAAUGAACUGUUGAAGUAUGAAUGGUUAUACUAUAAAUUUAGUUUGUACUACAUUCCCUCUGAGAAGAAGAGCUGGACUGAGAGCAGAAGAUACUGUACAGAGAGAGGAGCAGAUCUGAUCAUCAUAAACAACAGCCAGGAACAAAAUUUUGUUAGGAAAAUGUCUGAUGGUGCUAAAGUCUGGAUUGGUCUGACUGACGUUGAUGUGGAGAACACAUGGAAAUGGGUUGAUGGCAGCACACUGACCACUGGGUUCUGGGGUCAUAAAGAGCCAAAUGGAAAAAGAGGAGAGAACUGUGCUCUAACUUACAA